GUUGUUGAAACGUUUUUAGUUUAAGAUUUUCCAUGUAUGAUCAAGGAUAAUCAACUUUGGCACCGAUGUAAACAUUCAAAACGUGUAUUUUAUGUGUACUGCCAAUGACUUGUGUAAAUAAAUGCCAAUAUUCGUGAAAAUGCCAAUGGUUAUGAUCAUAAAGUUUGAUUUUAAACUGUCAAAUUACGUGCUUUAACUUUAAAAAUGUAACUAACUAAGCAUCAUUACAAUCGAAGUUACGUAAAAUCAGAUGUUUUACUAGUCUUUAAAAAAAACACCCAUAUAUUUUUAUGUAGACUACUUUAGACUUAUGUUCCAAGAGACCUGUGGACAAUUAAAAUCUGAAUUAUAAACUUAAGUGAGCAAAAUUAAAUGACGGUUAAAUGUGAAUGGUUAGCUGUCAUGUACAAUGACAAUAACAAUGUUAGUGUUUAGAAAACAUUAAUUAAUUGUUUUAUUAAUUACUACAUUUUGACAUUUAUAACAGUAACUGCAUAACAAGUAGAACAUGGCAAGUGUUGAGUUUGAUGACGAUUCAGAAAUACAUUGUUUGGAAGGUACUCCAAGUGUUCAGAAAGGUGGGCUGAUGAUAAUGAAAAAGAAACAACCAUCAGAAGAUAAUGCCAUUGUUUUUAAAAAGCCACCAAAAAUAUCUUUGCUUGGCUUAGACAAACUUGCAUCAGCAAAACGGGCUUUAGAAAGCAAUGUCCCAAUGUCACCCAAGAGAUCUAAAGUACUUUCAUACAAAGAUGAUGAUGACGAUGAUGUUGAAGAAGAUGACAGAAAGCAAUCCUUCAAGUCUAAAGAUUACAAAGAAAGACAUUACCGUUCUGCUAAAGAAGAAACGCCUUCUCACCCUGGUGGUGUGAGCAGUCAAGCUAAAGAAAGAAUGAAGAAACACAGGGAAAGAGACCGAGGUGUUUACGCAUCAACUAAAGACCGAGGCAGAGAUAGAGAAGAGGACAGGUCUAGAAAGCACAGAGGUCAACGUGAGAGAUACAGCAAAGACAGGGACAGUGAGAGACGUUACCGAGACGAUCGCUCAGACAGACGUGAGCGGAGCUACAGAGACUGGGAGGAAACACCAGGCCACAGCUACAGGGAUGAGAUCGCUACCCCUGAAAUCAGAAUUAAAGAUACUCCAUCCAGGUCGACCUGGGAUGAAGAUGAUGACCUGACACCCCUGAAGAAGUCAGCAUGGGAUCUCCCGACCCCUACUCCUUCUCGCGAUUCGGAUAAUGAUUUCAGCGAGAGAAGUUUUAAAAACAGUAGUCGUCGAGGUCAAGACAGAUCAGUGAGGUCAAAGCGUGACCGUGGUGGGUCACAGAGGUCAGACAGAAGAUCUAAGAAAUACAUUGAUGACACCCCACGGGCCACACCAACAUAUAAGUAUAAUGAGUGGAUGGAAGACAGAAGAAAGUUUCAGUACACACCGCGGAACUCUUCUCAGAAAGACAAGGAGAACCUUGAGUUCAGUGACGAGGAUGAACGUCUGGACUGGGAGCGUGAACAGAAGCGGCUGGACCGCGAGUGGUACAACCUGGACGAGGGUUACGACAAUGACCAGAACCCUUUCUCGGGGACCUCGGCCGAGUACACACGCAAGAAGGAGGAGGAGAUGGAACAGAAGAAGAAGAAACGGAUGUCGGCACAGCAACGCCAGAUAAACAAGGAUAUUGAGAUGUGGGAGACGAACCGGAUGUUGCGAAGCGGCGUCGUUGCUAAGACUAAUUUUGACGAAGACUUUGAGGAGGACAACGUUGCGCGUGUCCACCUCCUGGUUCUCAACAUCGUGCCACCGUUCCUCGAUGGCAGAAUAGUGUUCACCAAGCAGCCUGAACCAGUCAUUCCACUGAAGGAUCCCACCUCGGACAUGGCGCUAGUGUCUAGGAAAGGCAGCGCGGUGGUUCGUGCACACCGAGAGCAGAAGGAGCGGAAGAAGGCUCAAGUCAAACACUGGGAGCUGGCGGGAACGCGGAUCGGCGACAUCAUGGGGGUCAAGAAGAAGGAGGAAGAGCCAGAAAAGCAGGAUGGUGACUUUAAGAAAGAUCACAAGUUUGCGGACGUGAUGAGUGCGAAAAAUGUGGCCGUCAGUGACUUUGCCAAGCGGUGGUCGCUUAAACAACAACGACAGUACCUGCCCAUAUACGCAGUGAAGAAUGAGCUGCUGAAUAUAAUCCGAGAUAACAGCAUAGUUAUCAUUGUUGGAGAAACCGGAUCGGGAAAAACAACACAGCUCACCCAGUAUCUUCACGAGGAUGGCUACACCAAGUAUGGGAUGGUGGGGUGUACCCAGCCCAGAAGAGUAGCUGCAAUGUCCGUGGCUAAACGAGUGUCCGAGGAAAUGAAUGUCAGGUUAGGCGAAGAUGUGGGCUACGCUAUACGGUUUGAAGAUUGUACAUCAGAGAACACGGUGAUAAAGUACAUGACGGAUGGUAUCUUGUUGAGAGAAUCCCUGCGUGAGUCGGACCUCGAUAACUACAGUGCUGUGAUCAUGGACGAGGCUCACGAACGGUCACUCAACACAGAUGUUCUGUUUGGUCUGCUGAGAGAUGUUGUGGGUCGUCGACAAGACUUGAAACUCAUUGUCACCUCGGCAACAAUGGACGCCUCAAAGUUUGCCUCCUUCUUCGGCAACGUUCCAGUUUACAUAAUUCCUGGCCGAACAUUUCCCGUUGAUAUCAUGUACAGCAAGAAUCCGGUUGAGGAUUAUGUGGACGCAGCUGUCAAACAGACCCUUCAGGUUCACCUCCAGGGAAUAGAAGGUGACAUUUUGAUAUUUAUGCCUGGUCAGGAAGAUAUUGAAGUUACCUGUGAUUUGAUUACAGAGCGUCUUGAGGAACUGGAUGACGCACCCGCUCUCACCAUUCUGCCCAUCUACUCUCAGCUGCCCAGCGAUCUGCAGGCGAGGAUCUUCGAGAAGGCCCCCGACGGAAUCAGGAAGUGUAUUGUGGCCACCAACAUAGCCGAGACGUCGCUAACCGUGGAUGGUAUAAUUUUUGUGAUUGAUGCUGGGUACUGUAAGCUGAAGGUGUUUAACCCUAAAAUUGGUAUGGAUGCCCUGCAGAUAUUCCCCAUCAGUCAGGCCAAUGCAAACCAAAGGUCAGGUCGUGCAGGCAGGACAGGCCCAGGUCAGUGCUAUCGACUGUAUACUGCUCGGCAGUAUAAAGAUGAACUGCUCACGUCGACCGUGCCAGAAAUCCAGCGCACAAACCUUGCUAAUGUUGUGUUGCUGUUGAAGUCUCUCGGAGUCCAGAAUCUGCUACAGUUCCACUUCAUGGAUCCACCACCAGAGGACAACAUCUUGAACUCAAUGUAUCAGCUGUGGAUUCUGGGAGCGCUAGACAACACAGGCAUGCUGACCCCGAUGGGGCGGCAGAUGGUCGAGUUCCCCCUAGAUCCUGCCUUGUCCAAGAUGUUGAUAGUGUCGGGACAGAUGGAGUGCAUCGCCGAGAUUCUUACGAUCGUGUCCAUGCUGUCUGUGCCGGCCAUCUUCUACCGACCAAAGGGCCGCGAGGAGGAUUCGGACGCAGCCCGGGAGAAGUUCCAGGUGCCCGAGAGUGACCACUUGACUCUCCUCAACGUCUACCAGCAGUGGAAGAGAAACGGAUAUUCAGCUUCUUGGAGUAAUGAACAUUUUAUCCACAUCAAAGCGAUGAGAAAGGUGCGUGAGGUCCGACAGCAGCUGAAGGAGAUUAUGGAUCAACAGAAAAUGCCGAUGGUGUCGUGCGGUAACGAGUGGGACAUCAUCCGCAAGUGUAUCUGUUCAGCGUACUUCCACCAGGCAGCCAGAAUAAAGGGUUUGGGAGAGUAUGUGAACACUCGUACCGGCAUGCCUUGUCACCUUCACCCGACCAGCGCCUUGUUUGGAAUGGGUUACACUCCAGACUAUAUUGUGUACCACGAACUCGUCAUGACUUCAAAGGAGUACAUGCAGUGUGUGACAGCCGUUGAUGGCCAGUGGUUAGCAGAGCUGGGACCGAUGUUUUACAGCAUCAAGGAUGCUUCCAAGUCACGUGGGGAGCGGAAGCAGCAGGCCCAGGAUGAGAUGGACACGAUGGAACACGAGAUGAAGCGCGCGGAGGAGCUGAUCAAGGCGAGGAAGGAGCAGGAACAGAAGGUCAACGUCUCCGUCCGCAAAACAAACAUUGCCACCCCGGGGAGAUCGGAACCUGGUACCCCAGUGUCAACACCGAGGAGAACUGCGGCUAAGUUUGGAUUGUGAUUCACCAAGCCGAGUCCAGUCUUUCUCAACAGCCUUUCAAGACUGGGGGAAUAAUUCACAGAAAAUUCUUAAGCAACAUCACAUCGUCUUUUGCACUGCGAGGUGGCAAAACUGCAACAAUUUAAUGAAUUACGCUCAAAGUAUUCACUGCCAGACAACCAUGUUUAUUCCAAGCCAACUACUACCUCAUGUGCAGCUGUUGAGACGUUGGUGGAGACUGUAAAGCAGUCCGGCACAUACUACAAUUCAAGGGGAGACAACCUAUUCGGAACAUCACAUAAAGGACAAUUUUGAAUGUGCUGUUCUGGUUGCAAUACUGCCAUAUACCCGUGCUGCUGAGACACCCUUAAUCAGGAGGACACGUCUUAGAGACAGCCUCAUGUAACAAAACAUAACAGACAAGCUUUCUUGUUGUCGACAUUUCAUCUCAUGUAUAGACAUCUAGGACUGCAGUCUUAAGACGUUUGUUUUGAAGUACACAACUAUCAGAACUCUUUUGACCAGUGAUUAACUUCGAUCAUUUAAGAUGAAGUACAGAACCAUGAAAGAGACCGCAAAUUAUUUGUGGCGAUGUAUUCCACAUAAACACUAGCCAGUGCAAAGUUGUACUAAAACAUCUGGUCUUGCAUAUAGUUAAUAUUUUUCACAAAAGGAAUUCUAAACUUCAUUACCCACACUCAGUAAGAGUGUAAUCUAAACAGUAUGCAAGACCAAUGACCGUUGUAUGUAAUGAGAUGUGAUUUUUAUCUCAUCUGAUAAAACCAGUUGGCAGUAGUUCUAUGUGACGUAUCAGACUCCUCCUGUAGACAUUUAUCUAAGAACUUUUUUUUGGCUACUAAUGUACAUAUUCAAGAAAGUAUGUUUUGUUUUGAGUACACUGAUUAAUAUACCAUCAGUUCCUGGAUGUCAAACAUUUGGUAAUUGUGACCGUCUUCGGAGAAAAUCUGUUCUUUUUCUAUUAGCUGCAAGAGAUCUUUUAUGUGCACUUUGCCAUAAACAGCAUAUUCCACAGCUUUGAUAUACCAGUUGUGGAGCACUAAUUGGGAUGGGAAAAACCCAGUCAGAGAAUGAUUCACCGAGGGGAUUCCUUCCUUCAACCCAAACACCUCAGGCAAGUGCUUUACCAACUGAGCUAAAUUUCUCCUUCCCACAUACAAGAUGCCUGAUAACCAUAUAUAAGAAAUAAGGACAAAGUAUGUUCAGAACCGUACCUGGCCAUAAAUAACUGGAACAGGAAAAACGCAACCUAGUAAUUUUGUGUCUUGUCCAGUCAGAUAAAGUGGCGUGUUUGGGAAGCAACUAUCCCCACUCUCCAUGUUUAAUUUCGUAAACUUUUAUCUUAUACUAAAUGGAACAUUUACAAAAAUUUACAAAAAUAAAUAAACUGUUACAUGGAUUGCCUGUACAUCAAUUUUAAUAUCCAUACUUUAUUUAAUAAAAGCAAUGUCACAUA